AUGGAUAUCUAUUUGUAUCGUGAGUCGAUCAUAUUCAUGCGAUUGCUUUUCCCUUUGAUUGCAUGCCUCCUUCUCUUACUCCCUCGCUCUUUGUCCUAUAGUUAUCUUCCUCCGCUUUGCCAUCAAGAAGAGAAGAUAGCUCUGAUGCAAUUCAAGGAUAGCUUUAUCAUAAAAAACAUGAACUCUUUCUGGGAAUACACUGAGGAGAACCAUCCUGAGGUUGCAUCAUGGAGGAUAGAUGGAAAUAAUACCAAUUGUUGUGUAUGGGAUGGGGUUGAAUGCAACCAAGACACGGGUCAUGUCAUCGCCCUCAACCUUCAGAGCAGUUGUCUCUAUGGUUCUAUCACCUCCAAUAGUAGUCUCUUCCGCCUUCAUCAUCUUCAAAACCUUACUCUUGUUGGUAAUGAUUUCAAUCACUCCCAAAUCCCAUCUGAGAUUGGUAAUCUUUCAAGCCUAAUACAUCUGCACCUCUCUAACUCCAAUUUUUUAGGACAAAUCCCCUUUGAAAUUCAAUACCUAUCCAAGUUGUCUUUUCUCUCUGUGACUCAAUUUUCUUCUGAUGGUUAUAAUUAUUUAUAUACCACAAGUCUGACAAGUUUAGUGCAAAAUUUAACCAACCUUGAAACGCUUGAAUUUUCUGGUAUCAACAUAUCUUCUAUUGUUCCUGAAAGUUUGGCAAAUUUAUCUUCUUUAAAAUUUCUAACUCUGGAUGGCUGCGGACUGUACGGGCGAUUCCCAACCAGAUUUUUUCAGCUACCACACCUACAGUUCCUAUCUGUUUCAUACAAUAAAGAUCUCACUGGUCAUUUGCCCGAAUUUGACACAAACUCUCCUCUGGAGAAGUUAUUUCUUGGCAGCACAAAUUUCUCUGGUAAUUUACCUGCUUCAAUUGGAAACCUUAAUUCCUUAAGUUUCUUCACAAUUGACCAUUGUAAUUUUUCAGGAGCCAUCCCAAAUUCAUUUAGUAACCUUACCCAACUCACUUGGCUAGACCUUUCACAAAACUCAUUCAAUGAUUUGUCGUGGCUCACCAGAGCUAGUUCAAAUGACAUUCUUCCACAAUUUCAAAUUUUACGAUUAGCGAAUCUCAACCUAACCAAGUUCCCAGAUAUAUUACGAAACCAAAGUAAAUUGCUGACCUUGAAUCUAGAAGGCAACAAUCUUCAUGGCUUGAUACCCAAAUGGAUGUAUAAUGUAAGUAAAGAAUCUCUUCAAUGGCUCUACCUUUCUAACAACUUUCUCACUGGCAUUGAAAAUUUUCCAGCAAUUAUCCCAUGGCCAAAUCUCUUAUAUAUUGAUUUUAAGAAUAACAUGAUGCAUGGAUCACUUCCAAUUCCACCACCAUCCCUAGUGUAUUAUUUCGUCAGCAGUAAUUCACUCACCGGAAGGAUUUCACCAUUUAUUUGCAAUAUGAGUUCACCUAUAGUGCUUGAUUUGUCCUAUAACUCUUUGAGUGGCAUGAUUCAUCCAUGUUUUGGCAACUUGAGUCAAUCUUUGUUAACACUAAUACUACGAAGCAACAACUUUGACGGCACUAUCCCAAAAACAUGGGCAAAAGGAUGCCUCCUAAGGAUGUUGGACUUACGUCAAAACCAGUUACAAGGUCAUUUGCCAAGAUCUUUGGCCAAUUGUACUGAGCUUGAGUAUCUUCAUGUUGGCCGCAAUCAAAUCAAUGAUACAUCUCCCUUUUGGUUGGGAACUCUUCAACAAUUGAAGAUUCUUGUUCUUCAUUCUAAUUCAUUCCACGGUGCAAUAAAGAGUUAUGAAACAAAUUGCACAUUCCCUAACUUGCGUAUCAUUGACCUCUCUCACAACCAUUUCUCUGGAAAUUUGCCUACAGGAUACUUCACACAAUGGGAUGCUAUGAAAUCCAUUGGUGUAAAGAAUUUAUAUUACCUGAGCUACUCGGUCUACUAUUCAAUUACAAUAGUGAUCAAAGGUGUGGAGUUGGAGUAUAAGAAGAUCCAAGAUGGCCUCACAGUCAUAGAUUUCUCAUGCAACAGAUUUAAAGGAGAUAUUCCAGAAAUCCUAGGGAAUCUAAAAGGACUUCAUGUGCUGAACCUCUCAAAUAAUGCUUUCACUGGUCAUAUCCCAUCAUCCUUUGGGAACUUGACACAGCUAGAAUCAUUAGACCUUUCUCAAAACAAGUUGUUCGGAGAGAUACCUCCUAAAUUAACCCAACUCAAUUUUCUUUCAAAAUUUAAUGUGUCACAUAACUGCCUCACUGGACCUAUACCACACGGGCAACAGUUUGGAACAUUUGAAAAUACUUCAUUCGAAGAUAAUAGAGGACUGUGUGGAAGGCCAUUGUCCAAAAUCUGUGGAGAUUCUGACAUUUCAACGCCUCCACCUUCAACCAGCUUUGAAGAGAAUCAGGGUCCAAAAUUUUUCUUUGAAUUUGGUUGGAAAGUAAUUGUGAUGGGAUAUGGAUGUGGAUUCGUAUUUGGAGUUGUUAUCGGGCACAUUGUGACAACUAGAAAGCAAGAUUGGGUUAUCAAGAUUUUUGGCAAGAAGCAACGCCAAACUCGAAUAAAGGUGAAUGGUAGGAAAUAG